AUGGCUCAGCCUACUUUUCGGCGUGGUCCUAAAAAUAUUGCAUGUAAUGAAUGUAAAGUAAAAAAAGUAGCCUGUAGAGGCAUUUUUUUAUUUUGUUCUAAGUGGGAAGAAGUACAAAAUUGUUCUCCAAGACUCUAUGUUGAACCUGUUCCUGCAACACGUCCAUGUGUUAGAUGUGCCAAUAUUAAAAGAUCAUGUAAUGGAGCUUACGCAUUGUGCUAUCGGUUUCCAUGGCAUUUAUAUCAUAAUAAACAUGAAUUGGUUUUAAAAGAUAAAAAUGCACCAAUUAUUAAUGGCCAAUUUCCACAACAAACUUUCGAUAAUCCAACACCUUCACCUGAAACUUUGCCAAUACCCGAAUUUGAAAUUACUUUACCGCCAGCUGGCCCUAGCUUUUCUGAAAGAGGUGCAAGAGAAAUAUCCAUAAAAGCUAAAGUUUGUAAAAUGGUAGGGAGUCUUUAUAAAGAAAUAACUAUGGAAAUCGAUACUCAAUCUGAUGUAACAUGGAUUUCUUUAGCAUUAUUUAAUUUUUUAAAUCUUGAAAAAAUUGAUCUUGAUGAAGUAAUUACUGGAUAUGAUAAUACUAUAAUUUCUGUAUAUUGUGCUACUUUAUUAUAUAUAAAAAUUAACAAAAUCAAAGUAUAUACUAAAGUAUAUGUAGACAAAAAUGCGAAACAAAUAGGUGGGUUAAUCGGAAAAGAUAUAAUUAAAGCAAUGAAUAUGAAUAUUCUAACUAAAGAAGGGGCAAUUACUGUAACCUAUGAUGAUCAAACCUUUAUCGUACCUAUGUAUGUUGGUAAAAAGACUGAUAAUUUACAAAUUGAACUCUCUGAUCAUGAAUAA